AUGACGUGGGUGGAGCAAGACUGGUCAGACAAGCGACCUAUUAUUCGAAAGUCUCUACUGUUAUUAUUGUCAACAAAUAGCUAUUGUUUUUCAUCUCUUUGUGGUCAUUUUACACAAUCCCAACGUUGGCGAAGGAUAUUCACGGUAGUCAACUUGUUUUGGGGAAAGUUAUAUACGAGUUUGUGUAGGUAAAAGUCGCACGACACUGGCUGCCGGUCGGUUCCUAUGCGAUAGGGACAUGUUGUUAUCCAUUGUUUUGGACUUGUAGUGCUUGUUGUCUUCGUUCCCACACUAGAAUAGUAUCUCUCUCUCUCUCUGCGAUGGCCGAGGCGAGGAGAGUGGAGGACGAACAGCAGGAGAGUUUGAGAGGGGAACCGAGGGAACCUGUCGGAAGAAGACAGCCUCCACGACCGACCAACUCAUCUGGAGAACGCUCAGAGAGGCAGAAAGACCACAGACUCAGCCAAGGACCUCUCUCCUCUAUCAGGGCCGCCAUUAAGAGGACGACGACGAGAUCCACUUCUGUGAGCGAGAGUACUCCCAGAGACCGGAGGCGUCCAGAGAUCACCAUCCUUUCAGCAGAGCCACUGGUGUCUAAUACCUGGUUCCCCGGGGCUUCUGGGGGAUUCCCUCCUCCUCCUCCUCCGGCCGCUCAGAUCUGGGGCAGUACUAUACCUCCUACUAUACAGCCUCCCCCCUCCUAUGAUGAGGUGAUUAGAGAGAAGAGACAGGAACAGGAUCAAGUGUUGCCUUCCUCCUCCUCCUCCUCCUCCUCACCCCUACACUCCGUCUCCACGACUACCAUCGCCACGCAGACUGACACCGGACCAGAAUCCUCAGUUCCAACCCACAGUCACGCCCCAGUCCAGAGAGGCUCAGUGGCCACCAGAGCUCCAAAACCUCCCAGACCUUCAUUCCCCUUUAUAUCCAAACCUGAUGACACUCCGUCGCAUGUUGAUGACACGACGGGAGCUGCUACUGCUACUGUUGACCCUCCCCUCUUCCUAGAAAACAGUCCGGCACUACACACGCACACUCCGACCAACAGACACACCGAGGACACCAGACCAGCAGCGUUUCACAGUGACCUCUUGACCUCUGAUCCUUUCUCACCUCUGACCUUUGCCUCUGGCAGCCAGACCGACCAAUGGGUGCAGUCCUCCUCGGUCCCACCCCCUCAUUCCACUGUUGCCUUGACAACUCCCUCCUCCCCUCCACUGCUUCAUAACCGGCCCAGGCCACACCCUCGCACGAAGAAUAGCCUUCGACCAAUCAGGCGAGAGGUCAAGGUUCAGACCCUGGUGAGGCUGGGACAGACAGAAAGUGAGCUCACAGAGAACCAGGAAGUGAGGAAUCAGGAGGGGAAGUACCUUCAGGAGCUCCUGGACGCCUUCAGCUCAGACGAUUGGGGCUUCCCUGAUCACCAUAGCAACGACAACAGAGAGAGCGACUCGGAAGAAGAAGAAGAAGAGGAGGAAGAUAUGAGUACUCUGAGAGCCAGGAUACAAGCCUUCGAGCAGCAGCAACAGGCAGAGGACCACGGUAGCCAUGGAGACCACUGUAGCCAUGGAGACAACGGCGCGUCGCUAGGGCGGGGGAGACCUGAACCCCGUCACCGAGUCCAGCCCCCGUCCAAACCGGCCCCUCCCAUCGCCCCUAAACCCUCCCUCGCAACCAAGACCUCCUGCAAAGGAGUCUGGCAAGGAGGAGGCUCGGUGGCAAUCGACUUGACUGUUGAUACAACCACCACACAGCCCAAACCCAGUGACCCCUCUCCCAAACCCAGUGACCCCUCUCCCAAACCCAGCGACCCCUCUCCCAAACCCAGUGACCCCUCUCCCAAACCCAGCGACCCCUCUCCCAAACCCAGCGACCCCUCUCCCAAACCCAUUAAGACCCCCUCAAGUACCCCUGUCCCUGCCCUUAACCCUAUUGUCCCAAUACCUGCACCCCGACCCCUGCUCCCUAGAAAGCCCCCCUCUGAACCCCAAAGACCAGACCGCCAGGCGAGGCAGACAGAAGGGACCCCCCCAAUUCCCUGUCCUCCUCCCAGACCUCCGGUAGCACCCAGGACUAAACCCUCCAUAGACCUCCACAGCACCAACACUAAACCCUCCAUAGACCUCCACAGCACCAACACUAAACCCUCCGUAGACCUCCAUAGCACCAACACUAAACCCUCCGUAGACCUCCAUAGCACCAACACUAAACCCUCCGUAGACCUCCAUAGCACCAACACUAAACCCUCCGUAGACCUCCACAGCACCAACACUAAACCCUCCGGAGACCUCCACAGCACCAACACUAAACCAAGUGUUGCUCAGAAGCCCACUGCCAUGAUGUCAUCCGGUCGAGCAAGUGCCCUACCAGAGGACAGGAGACCUUCUCUGCCAUCCAAACCCUCCAUUCAGACCUUAAUCCCAGCUCCAGUCCAGGCUACUCCCCCAACCUUAGCCCCAUCUCCAAACCCAGCCCCAGUGGGUUCUACCCCCCCAGUCUUACCCCCAGCCCCAGUGGGUUCUAUCCCCCCAGUCUUACCCCCAGCCCCAGUGGGUUCUACCCCCCCAGUCUUACCCCCAGCCCCAGUGGGUUCUACCCCCCAGUCUUACCCCCAGCCCCAGUGGUUCUACCCCCCAGUCUUACCCCCAGCCCCAGUGCGGUCUACUCCCCCAGCCUUACCCCCAGCCCCAGUCCAAAGGAAAACCCCACCAGUCUCCACAGAGUCUGAACCUCCUCUACCUCCUCGACCCCAGGGAGGGGUUAAGAUGCUCCCCCUCCGUCCCCCUCCCAUAAAGACUGUCCCUGGUCGACCCCCACCUCCCCAGGAUGUCUCUGCCCCCUCUACCACAUCAGCCGAUCAACAGGCUCUCCCCGCCCCCUCCAAUCAGCCGCAGGGUCAGAGGGCACCAAAGAGAGGCCCCCCUCUACCCCCCCGACCCAAGCCUGGACAUCCCCUGUACAAGAACUACAUGCAACAGGACGUCCUGGUUCUGUUGGAGAAGACAGACUCCGCCCACGAUGACUGUCUCCUGGGGGAGGAGUCAGGUCGGGUUCAAGGGUCACACAUGACUGUCAUCAACCCUCUGUCUGACCAAUCACGGCCUCCCAACGACCAACACAACCAAUCGGAUCCCGCCUCGGAUGACAAGAGCCAAUUGAAGCCUCCCCCUGAAUACAAGAGCCAAUCAGAACCUCCGUCCAUCCUCCCAUCUCAGACCAGUGUAGAGAAGACCCAGCUGGUUACAGCACCUGUCAGCGGUCCGAGGUGUGUGGCGCGGUUCGACUACGAGGGUGAGGAGGAAGACGAGCUGACCUUCUCCGAGGGUAACGUCAUCGCUCUGACGGAGGUGAUUGAUCAGGAGUGGGGGCGGGGUCAGAUCCACGGGCGAAUAGGAAUCUUCCCCCUGGCCUUCACCGAGAUCCUGGAGGAACCACCCCCGUCGCCAGGGUUACAGACCAUUGUCGAGACAACUAAAUCCUCAGACGUUCCAGACCAGUGGGUUGUGGCAAUCCACGACUUCCCAGGUCAGACUGCAGAGGAUCUGUGGUUCCAGCAGGGGGCGCUGAUCAGAGUAACGCAGCGUGUCGACGCAGACUGGACCAGAGGAACACUGGACGGACGGGAGGGACUGUUCCCCACUACCUUCACACACACCUGUAACACAGCUCAGCCAAUGACGGGCCAGCCUGUGGCCAGGGGCGUGGCCAAGGUCCUGUUUGAUUUCAGUGGAGAGAGAGAAGAUGAGCUCUCACUGAAGGCAGGGGAGGUAGUAACAGAGGUGGUGACAGUCGAUGAGGAGUGGUAUCUGGCGGAUGCAGGAAGGAGACGAGGCCUGGUCCCCAAAAACCACCUGACACUGCUUCCUGACAGCUGCAAAUAGGACUAUGUGAUCUAUAUAUAUAAACUACAUUGUCAUAAGUAUGUGGACACCCCUUCAAAUUAGUGGAUUCAGCUAUUUCAGCCACACCCGUUGCUGACAGGUGUGUAAAAUCGAGCGCGUCGCUUUGUGAUCUCCAUAGACAAACAUUGGCAGUAGAAUGGCCCGUACUGAAGAGCUCCUGUUUGACAAGUCAGUUCGUCAAGUUUCGUCAAGAGCUGCCCCGGUCACCUGUAAGUGUUGAUAUUGUGAAGUGGUGUGAAGCUCACCUCUUAUUGGACUCUGGAGCAGAGGAAAACGCGUUCUCCGGAGUGAUGAAUUGCGCUUCACCAUCUGGCAGUCUGACGGACAAAUCUGGGUUUGGUGGAUGCCAGGAGAACGCUACCUGCCCUAAUGAAUAGUGCCAACUGUAAAGUUUGGUGGAGGAGGAAUAAUGGUCUGGGGCUGUUUUUCAUGGUUCAGGCCCCUUAGUUCCAGUGAAGGGAAAUCUUCACGCUACAGCAAACAAUGACAUUCUAGAUGAUUCUGUGCUUCCAGGUUUGUGGCAACAGUUUGGGGAAGGACCUUUCCUAUUUCGGUAUGACAAUGCCCCUGUGCACAAAGCGAGUUCCAUACAGAAAUGGUUUGUUGAAAUCAGUGUGGAAGAACUUGACUGGCCUUCACAGAGCCCUGACUUCAACCCAUCGAACACCUUUGGUAUGAAUUUUAAGUCCCCUUAGCAAUGUUCCAACAUCUAGUGGAAAGCCUUCCCAGAAGAGUGGAGGCUGUUAUAGCAGCAAUGUUCCAACAUCUAGUGGAAAGCCUUCCCAGAAGAGUGGAGGCUGUUAUAGCAGCAAUGUUCCAACAUCUAGUGGAAAGCCUUCCCAGAAGAGUGGAGGCUGUUAUAGCAGCAAAGGGGGGACCAACUCCAUAUUAAUUCCCAUGAUUUUUGAAUGAGAUGUUCGACGAGCAGGUGUCCACAUACUUUUGGUCAUGUAGUGUAUCUUUGAAUAUGUGCCUUCAGAAAGUAUUCAUACCCCUUGACUUAUUCCACAUUUAGUUUUACAGCCUGAAUUCAACAUGGAUUAAAUAGUUGUUUUUUUUCUCACAGAUCUACACACAAUACCCCAUAAUGACAUCACAAUACCCCAUAAUGACAUCACAAUACCCCAUAAUGACAUCACAAUAACCCAUAAUGACAAAGUGAAAACAUGUUCUUCGAAAUGUUUGCAAAUUUAUUGAAAAAUGAAAUGCAAUAUCUAAUUUAAAUACACCCCUGAGUCAAUACUUUGUAGAAGCACCAUUGACAGUAAGUCUUUCUGGGUAAAUCUCUAAGAGCUGUGAGUCUUUCUGGGUAAAUCUCUAAGAGCUGUGAGUCUUUCUGGGUAAAUCUCUAAGAGCUGUGAGUCUUUCUGGGUAAGUCUCUAAGAGCUGUGAGUCUUUCUGGGUAAAUCUCUAAGAGCUUUCCACACGUGGAUUGUGUAACAUUUGCCCAUUUAUAAUUUUCUAAAUUCUUCAAGCUCUGUCAAAUUGGUUGUUGAUCAUUGCUAGACAAAUUUAUUUGAAAAUCUAUAUCAAGAACAGGAUUCAAUCAAAACUGUAACUAGACCACUCAGGAACAUUCCAUGUCGUCUGGUGAGCAACUACCGUGUAGAUUUGGCCUUAUGUUUUAGGUUAUUGACCUGCUGAAAGGUGAAUUCAUCUCCCAGUGUCUGGUGGAAAGCAGACUGAACCAGGUUUUCCUCUAGGAUUUUGCCUGUGCUUAGCUCAAUUCCAUUUCUUUUUUAUCCUGAAAAACUACCUCGUCCUAAAGGAUUUCAAGCAUACCCAUAACAUGAUGCAGCCACCACCAUGCUUCAAAAUAUGAAUAGUGUUAUUCAGUGAUGUGUUGAAUUUCCCCAAACAUAAUGCUUUGUAUUCAGAACAAAAAGUGAAUUUCUUUGACACAUGUGCCUUGGUUUGGAAUAUUUGUAUUCUGUACAGGUGUCCUUUUCCCUCUGUCCUGGUCAUUGAGAUUGAAUCUGUGUUUGAAAUUCACUGCUCCACUGAGGGAUCUUACAGAUAAUUGUAUGUGUGGGGUACAGAGAUGAGGAAGUCAUUAAAAAAUCACUUUAAACACUAUUAUUGCACACAGAGUGAGUCCAUGCAACUCAUUAUGUGACUUGUUAAGCACAUUUUUACUCCUGAACUUAUUUUAGGUUUGCCGAACAAGGAGUUACACAAGGAGUUGAAUACUUAUUGACUCAAGACAUUUCAGCUUUUCAUUUUUUAUUCAUUUGUAAACAUCUCUAAAAAUAAAACAUAUUUCCACUUUGACAUUAUGGGGUAUGGUGUGUAGUCCAGUGACAAAAUCUCAAUUGAAUCGAUUUUAAAUUCCGUCUGUAACAGAACAGCAUGUGGAAGAAGGCAAGGGGUGUGAAUAUACACUGAGUUUUUAAAAAGCAUUGCUGAAUCCAGGUAAAACCUAUGAUGUUUUUAUCUAUUCGAAAUCCACUUUAAUCAAGUGUAAGAUUCAGAUUAAAGAAGGAUUCUUGA